AUGACUCUGACGGAUCCCGAACUGCUGCGGGCGACCGUUCCAUCCAAAGCUUUGCGUUUCUUCGGCCGGGCCUUGAGGGAGAAGAGCUUCGACAGGGAGAUCUAUCACUUGAGUUCUACCACAGAAAAGGUCGCAGCAUGUGUCCCAACGUGUUGGGUCUGCGGAGACUUGUUGGUGGCCCGACUGAAAGUCGGGGAGACGUACUUCUCCAUCGUGGCUGGAGUGGUGUUGCUGGGGUGCCUCGGUUGA